AUGGCCUCAGUCGUUCGCUACGUCUUUGGCUGCUGCAUAAGAGCGCACUCCCCCGGCCCAAAGGAGCCGGACGAACGCACGCCAUUCAUUCAGCCCUCGGAUGAAGUUCCUCCCAUUCGAACCUACACGGUCGACCAUGACCGUUUGAAGGAACGACUGGGGACGAUAGUCCGCUCCAAGGAGGGCAAAAUGGUCAAUGUGAACCAACCACUCCCUUUCAACCUAUACGGCCGACCGCCACACGCGCGCCUGGAUCGUACAGACCUGGCGCCACAGUCAUCUACAAUAGCUGGAAACCCUCACCUCCCCCGCAUGCCGUCUCAGUCAACUUCCCGAGAACCUUCCCCGUCUAUACAGACCAGCCGCUCCACCUCUUCUCUUCAUCCCGGCGACGCAUCCUAUCUACCGCCCGAAGCAGACCCGGAAGGCGGCAGUAGAAAACCGAUCCUGAACGUCCGUCUGGUUCGAGGUCCCGGUGGGUUCUUCGCGGGUGCGAGGCCGCGUCCAGGACCAAUGACCCGCGGGCGUCCGGGUCGUCCUAGCGAGGAACGUGCUCGGGAGAACGGCGACGGAUCCGGGGCUCUAGGAAGCACGGACGGCAAGGGCAAGGCGGUCGUUGAUGGCGCCAACGGAACGCCAGACGCGCCGUCCUCGACAACCGCGGAAGCCCACACCCACGCCGACAACCCCGACGAGGCCGCCGCCGCCGCGCUCAACGGAAAUGGCACACACAGUCAUGCGGACGGCAGCGUUGCUGCGCAGGCCCCCGAGAGCUCUGGUUCGGACUCUGAGUUCAAAAUCGAGGACGUUGGGGACAUCGCCCAGAGCUGGGGAGACUAA